AGCAUUUGUGUGUGUGCCACUGUUCAGUGUGCUGACGACUCCCUCCGUGUCCUUUCAGAUAGGGUCGAGUCACCAGCCCACCAGAUUCCCUCACGGUGCAUCGCACCAUCGGUGUUUCAUUAUCAGGAUGGUCGAGUGCUUGCUGCGCAUUUACAGAAUGUCAGCUCUACAGGCCUCACCAUUACCAGGACAAAGCGGCGUGCCCUGUCUCUCGGGAGCUACCCAGACCUCAAGCGAUCGAGGAGGGACAGUGCCAUCGGCAGUGUUCCUGUGACCAUUGCGAUGUUCAUGUAUAGGCAUCAGACAAAAAUGAACGCGGAACUGAAGACUAUUUAUGUGAAUAGCCCAGGCAAAUGGCAGGUGUGUUCCUGUUGCUUUAAGCGAAGUCAGUUUUUCACUUGGCAUAACACCUGCUCCAGAUGCACUAGGGUUGUGUGUCCUUCCUGCUGUGUAAAGAUGCAAGUGCCCUACAAUUGGUGCAUGGACCUCCCAAUUGCAUUCUUCCGGAAGAUAGUGCUGAGCCGAAGUGCUGAGGGAGACCAUAGUCAUUUCUGGAGGGAGCGCCUAUCAUGGGACUGCACAAAAGUUCCUUUGGUUCUGGAGCCUCUGGUCCUUGGUUCUAGUUCCCAGCACAGUUUGGCUAUGAGAGGCUGGCACAGCCAGGACAUCUGCACAGAGUGCCAGUGCCUCCUGGAGGAAAUAUGUGACUCUGAGGCCUUUGUGAACCUUGUCUCAGGGACCCAAGAGAUUUGAUGGCGCUUGGCUUUGCUUCACUUUCUGAAUGUGGGCACCUUUUCACUGAAAGGGAUUCUAGUCAUUAGGUGGCCAAACUUUAUUAUUUUGUGUGUAGUGGGUUUUUUUUUUUUUUUUUUUGUAAUUAAAUCUAUACAUUAUUUUGUAUGUGUUUUUUUAUGUUCUGUGAAGCCUGUCGAAAGACCCUAGGAGUGCGGCUGCUUUUCGCAUUAGUUUUCUCUUUUAGUGUUCUGAUUUUGUUCCAAAACAUUAGUUCUUGUUCUUAGUUGGUUGAGUGUUUGUUUUUUUUGUAUAUAGUUUUUAAUUGACUUCAACUAAUAAAAACAUGGCUUUGUUUUA